AGACGUUUGAAAACUACAACCCCAGAUUUAUCCAAGAGUACAGUCUGGCAACGCAAGGACUUCCGUAUUGUAUUGAAAUUGUUUUGAAAUGCUCUUACCAUCAUUAUUAACGGCAGCUGCUGCCAGUCUUUAAAGUUGUGUGUUAUAAAAGUAUAAACGGGCUUGCUUUUGUUUUGCGACAUGAAUAGCGGUAAAUAUGCUAAGCUAGGCUAACACAAACGAUGAGGCCUUGUAGCUUGUUUUAACAUUGUUUUUAACAGCUGAUCUUUUGCAGCCAUUAGUUUCGUAUAAUUAUAAGGUGCAAAAUAGGCUGAAAACACUUAAUUCUAAGAGUGUUGUUACUAUUCCGCCAUCAUUAUGUUCAUUUAUCUCAGCAAGAAGAUUGCUAUUCCCAACAAUAUCCAUCUGAAAUGCGUUUCCUGGAACAAAGACCAGGGUUUCAUUGCUUGUGGAGGGGAUGAUGGUCUGCUGAGAGUGCUGAAGCUUGAAACUCAAACAGAUGAUGCCAGACUUCGAGGUCUUGCUGCACCCAGUAACUUGUCCAUGAACCAGACUUUGGAGGGACACAGUGGUGCGGUGCAGGUAGUGACAUGGAACGAACAAUAUGAGAAGCUGACAACCAGCGACCAAAAUGGGCUCAUCAUUGUUUGGAUGCUUUACAAAGGUGCAUGGUGUGAGGAGAUGAUUAACAACAGGAACAAGUCAGUGGUGAGAAGCAUGAGCUGGAAUGCUGAUGGUCAAAAGAUCUGCAUUGUGUAUGAAGAUGGAGCAGUCAUCGUUGGAUCUGUAGAUGGAAACCGGAUUUGGGGAAAGGAGCUGAAGGGAAGUCAGCUUGCUCAUGUGGCAUGGUCACCAGAUAGCAGAAUCCUCCUUUUUGGCAUGGCCAACGGAGAAGUACACAUUUAUGACAAUCAAGGAAACUUGAUGAAAAAAAUGACUAUCAGCUGUCUCAGCAGUUCAAGUGGAGCCGUCAGUAUAUCUGGUAUCCACUGGUAUGCAGGAAGUGGAGGUUACGUUGAGCCAGACUGUCCGUGUCUUGCCAUCUGUUUUGACAAUGGAAGAUGUCAAAUAAUGCGCUACGAGAGCGAUGAGAACCCAGUGUGCAUUGAUACUUUGAUGAAUGUGGUCAGUAUCCAGUGGAACCACUGUGGCAGUGUGCUGGCAGUGGCCGGUUCUCUCAGGGCCGCAAAUAUGGAGAAGGAAUUCAAUGUGGUGCAAUUUUACACACCGUUCGGAGAGCAUCUAAGAACUCUGAAAGUGCCUGGGAAGCAGAUGUCAGGGAUUGCCUGGGAGGGAGGAGGCCUUCGAAUUGGCCUGGCUGUGGACUCGUAUAUCUACUUUGCCAACAUAAGGCCAGAUUACAAGUGGGGCUACUGUUGCAGCACAGUGGUGUAUGCCUACACGAAGCCAGAGCGCCAGGAGUACUCCGUAGUGUUCUGGGAUACCAAAAACAAUGAGAAGUUUGUCAAAUAUGUCAAGAGCUUGAUGUCCAUCACUACUUCUGGAGACUUCUGCAUCCUGGCUAGCAAAGCAGAUGAAUCCCAGCCUCAGGAGGAUGCUGGGUCAGAAUCUGGAAAUCCUGCAAAAUACGCCCUGAUUCUGUGCAACUCCAUUGGAACUCCUCUGGACUCAAAAUACAUUGACAUUGAUCCACUGUUUGUGACCAUGACAAAGACUCAUGUCAUUGCUGCAUCCAAAGAAGRGUUUUACUUGUGGCAGUACAGAGUGGCAAAGAAGCUGACAGCUCUGGAGAUCAACCAAGUCAGCAAAACAAAGAAAGGUGGGCGGGAGAGGUUCUAUCACAUCGACAGUAAUCCUUCUGGAACCAACGACAGUGGGACCGAUUCAUUAAAAACCUUCACAGUAACUCGAGACCCUAUCUGUGGUAUUACAGCGACAGAUAAAACCCUGAUAGUGGCUUGUGAGUCUGGCACCGUUCACAGAUACAGCCUUCCAAAUGUUUCUCUCAUGCAGAAAUACUCCCUCAGCCACCGAGCUUAUUAUCUGUCUCUGAACUGCAACUCCAGUCGCCUGGCCAUAAUUGACAUCGCGGGCGUGCUGACUUUGCUGGACCUGGAAGUUCGUUCUGCUGCAGAUGACAUGGCAGGAAACCAGGCAGGUGCAGGAGACCCAUCCAGGUUUGAGCGCAAAGAUGUUUGGGACAUGAAGUGGGCAAAUGACAAUCCCGACUUGUUCGCCAUGAUGGAGAAAACCAGGAUGUACGUCUUCAGGGAUCUCGACCCAGAGGAACCUAUUCAAACCUCCGGAUACAUCUGCGACUUUGAGGACCUGGAGAUCAAAUCUGUUUUGCUUGAUGAAAUCAUGAAGGAUCCAGAGCGACCAAACAAAGACAACCUCAUCAACUUUGAAAUCCGCUCCCUGAGAGACAGUCGGGCACUGAUUGAAAAAGUUGGCAUUGAAGAUGCUUCACAAUUUAUUGAAGACAAUCCUCAUCCAAGACUCUGGCAUCUGCUGGCUGAGGCAGCUCUCCAAAAGCUGGAUCUGAAGACAGCCGAGGAGGCCUUUGUCCAUUGCAAAGACUACCCAGGCAUUUUGUUUGUCAAACGCCUGGGCAACCAUAAGAGCGAGCCCAUGAAACAAGCCGAAGUGGCCGCCUACUUUGGCAGGUUUGAGGAGGCUGAACGCAUGUACCUGAAUAUGGAUCGCAGGGACCUCGCCAUCAACCUCAGGAUCAAGCUGGGAGACUGGUUCAAAGUGCUCAAUCUACUUAAAAAUGAAUCUGUGGCCUGUGAUGAUGCUCUGCUCCAACAGGCUUACAAUGGAGCUGGAGACUACUAUGCAGAUAGACAGAAGUGGGUCAUGGCAGUGCAGAACUACCUUCAGGGUCAUAAUGUGGAGAAGCUGGCAGAGUGUUACUACAUGUUGGAGGACUACGACGGCCUCGAGAGGCUGACUGCAGAUCUGACUGAGAAUCAUACUCUGUUACAGGAUAUUGGGCAGAUGUUUACCAAUGUGGGGAUGUGUGAACAGGCUGUGAAUGCCUACUUGAAGUGCAGCCAGCCAAAAGCUGCCGUGGACACGUGUGUCCAUCUAAACCAGUGGAACAAAGCUGUGGAACUAGCAAGGACUCACAACAUGAAGGAGAUUAAAUCUCUUCUUUCCAAAUAUGCCUCAUAUCUUCUGGAGAACAAUAAAACUUUGGAGGCGGUAGAACUCUAUCGAAAAGCCCACCACUUCCUCGAUGCAGCUAAACUCAUGUUUAAGAUUGCAGAAGACGAGGCAAAGAAAAGAAGCCGACCUUUGAGGGUGAAGAAGCUUUAUGUUCUGGCAGCACAGCUUGUUGAAAGCUACCAUGAGCAGGUGAAGACGUCGCAGCAGAGCAAAGCCAAAGGAAACGAGUCAAAGACAGCAUUCGCACUCGCUGGCCUUCUGGAAGAAGAUGCCAUCUCUUCAGACAAUCGUCUUAUAGACAACGCCUGGCGAGGAGCUGAAGCGUAUCACUUCUUCCUGCUUGCUCAAAGGCAGCUGUACGCAGGCCACACAGAGAAUGCGAUGCGCACCGCCCUCCACCUGCGUGAAUUUGAAGACAUCAUCCCUGCCGUGGAGAUCUACUCCCUGCUUGCCCUCUGCUCUGCAGUCAGCCGGGCCUUCAGCACUUGCUCGAAGGCCUUCAUCAAGCUGGAGUCCCUGGAGAGUCUGAGCCCCGAGCAGCAGCAGCUCUACGAAGAUCUGGCUCUGGAGAUCUUCACUAAAUACCCCCCAAAAGACAGCUUCAUGAUAGAGGCGGAUAUCUCAACAGAGGGGUCCGAGGGAAAAGUUCCCACAUGCAUCGUGACGGGUCUGCCUAUCCAGGAGUACCAGUUUUGGAUGUGCAGCGUGUGCAAACGCUGUGCUCUGGAGCAGAAGAUUAGUAAAUACCGCUACUGCCCGCUGUGCCACAGUCCUUCAGCYUAAUCUACAAAGUUUCACAUGAAGAUUUUAGUUCAAAAAAAGGAAACUUUCAAACUUGUUCUUUGUUUCAGACAAUUAACGCUGACGCCAUAAGUUGGUCAGUUGUAACAUCUGACUUUUCAUUUUCAAAUGCAAAUUGUGAAGAACGUACAUGUUUUAAUCAUCUAUAAAUGGUUUAG